UGCAGAUUAGAUUGAGAUUAAAGAUUGUAAAGAUGGCUUUGCGUUUGUAAUAAAGUACUUUAAUGGAGCCCACAACGUGAUGAUUUCAUUUCAUUUGAUUUAAUCGCGACGCUCCGUUUGUGAACAGCGAUUGUUUUCUUCAAUCACUGUGAUUGCAAUCUCAAUUUUCGAACACGCCAGACGUCACUGAGGCGUUCAGUUGUUCCUUUUUUUUUUUUUCUUGUGCUGGAGAUUCGUUGAAGGUUCCUAGGAGAAACGGAGGCUGAAUCAACCUUAACCUCGUGUACGCCUUUUGGUUGGGGUGGUAGCAAAGCAUUGUGUUACAAACUUGAUGAGUGCAUGUUGCAGCUAUCGCUUGCUGGGUUUCAACUGUACGUCUGUAAAUCUGGACUGUACAGUUAGUGGAUUUUAAUAACAAUGGCACUAGCCAUACGAAGUGGAAAUCUAAGGAAACCGAGUGAGAUGAUGAAGAUUAUAGUAACAACCUUUGUUGGAGUUAUUUUUGGCUUCUUUUUAGGCAUUUCCUUCCCAACAAUCUCCCUAACCAAGAUGAAUCUCCCAUCUAGCCUCAUUCCUUCCAUUGAUCUUACUUAUAUUGAGGACAAGUACUCUGGCCUUUCAACCCAAACAUUGUUGAAUGCUUGGUCAACUUUGAAGAGUAACAGAGGCCUUCUAUUUGCUGACAGAGGUAACCAAACAAAGAUCUGGAUUCCAACAAAUCCUAAAGGUGCUGAAAGACUUGCUCCUGGCAUUAUUGAGUCAGAGUCUGAUUUGUUUCUCCACCGAUUGUGGGGUCUGCCUAGUGAGGACUUAACCAUCAUACCAAAGUAUCUUGUAACCUUCACUGUUGGCUAUAAUCAGAAAAAGAAUAUUGAUGCAGCAGUUAAAAAGUUCUCAGAAAAUUUUACUAUAUUGUUGUUUCACUAUGAUGGCCGGACAAGUGAAUGGGAAGAGUUUGAGUGGUCAAAGCGAGCCAUCCACGUGAGUGCAAGGAAGCAAACUAAAUGGUGGUAUGCCAAACGAUUUUUGCAUCCCGACAUUGUUGCACCAUAUGAGUACAUUUUCAUCUGGGAUGAGGAUCUCGGAUUGGAUCAUUUUGAUGCUGAAGAAUACCUUAAAUUGGUAAGGAAAUAUGGUUUAGAGAUAUCACAGCCUGGUUUAGAACCAAACGGAGGAUUAACAUGGGAGAUGACAAAGAGGAGAGAAAACAGUGAAUUUCACAAGGAUACCCACGAGAGAAAUGGUUGGUGUGGUGAUCCACAUUUGCCUCCUUGUGCUGCAUUUGUGGAGAUUAUGGCCACUGUGUUUUCUCGGGAUGCAUGGCGAUGUGUUUGGCAUAUGAUUCAGAAUGACUUGGUUCAUGGAUGGGGUCUAGAUUUUGCUCUAAGAAAAUGUGUUGAGCCUGCACAUGAGAAAAUAGGAGUUAUAGAUGCUCAGUGGAUUGUCCAUCAAGGUGUUCCCUCGCUUGGGAACCAGGGGCAGGCUUAUGGUGGAAGGGCUCCCUGGGAAGGGGUGAGGGAGAGGUGUAAAAGAGAAUGGGCAAUGUUUCAGGAUAGACUGACAAGCGCGGAGAAAGAAUACCUUGAUGCAAUGGGGGUUGAUUCUUCUAAUCUAACACAAGACAAUCAAAAAAGUUUGACAGAUUGGUGCAUGCGAAGUCUGAAUGGUGGAUCCAGAAAAUUCUCAUAUAAAGUCAUCCCGGACUACUUACGAGAGAAGAAGCCAUGAAUAAUGCAUCUUUUUCCAUUAGUUUCAGAAAGAUUUUCUUUUAUCACGCUGCCAAAAACCUUUUUCUGCAAAUUCUAGAUUAGUGGUGGGAUGGGACUUCUUUGAGCUGUGAUUGAAGAUCUCCUUGAUUCUAUUGAAAAAUAAAACAAAAAAGAAUAAAAAUGCAGAGUCUUCAGAUCUUCUUACCUA